AUGUCGAGCACUUCACUGUCCCCCCAGUUACCACAGACGCAAAAGGCAUGGCGGGUCGUGCGCAGGGGCGCGCCGCAAGAGGCGCUCGAGUUCAACCAAGCCGCACCCGUUCCGUCGCCUUCGGAUCUCAAACCCGGCGAGAUCAUAUUGAAGGUCCAAGCCGCUGCUCUGAACCCCGUGGGUUACAAGAUGAUGAAACUCUUCCCCAACUUCAUCGCUCGCAGGCCGUACGCCGCAGCGGAGCAUGAUCUCGCCGGCGUCGUCGUCGCCACGCAUCCGUCCGUCACCUCGGUGAAAGAAGGGGACGAAGUCUUCGGCUACAUCGAUGUUGCCCUCCAGAUCAAGAGCAGUCAAGGUGCUCUCGCCCAGUACACCCGGCUUCCUGCUGCUAGGGUGACCCUUCGCUCACCCGACGUGCCGCCGACAGGCGCGGCCGGUCUCACACUGGCCGGUGUCACCGCACUGCAAGGUCUCAAGGCAGCUGGACUGGCAGAGGGCAUGACUGUCUUUGUCAACGGAGGCAGCUCUUCCGUUGGCGCGUUCGCCAUUCAGAUAGCGAAAGCGAAAGGAUGCACCGUCUGGGCGAGCGCAAGCCGCAAGAACCACGAAUUCGUGCGAUCACUCGGGGCAGACGAGGUAUUGGACUAUACGGAAGCGCCGCUUGAGACACAGCUGGCUAGUCAUCCCCACCUACCACCGUCCAAGUUCCACGUCCUAUACGACGCCGUUGCGCUCGUUGACCCUACGUUGUACAAACAAGGACAUGCAUACAUCGCGCGGAACGGCGUCUACGUCACCACGGGGCCUCAGCCUCACGGGUCAUCCCAAUGGAUUCAAAUCUUUGGCACGCUCCGCGCCGCGCUCCUGCCCACCUGGCUCGGCGGGGCGCAGAACUCUUACCAUCUCGUCCGUCUCGCUCCCGUCGAAGAAGACAUCAAAGAGCUGGGUGAGCUCGUGAGGCAGGGGAAGGUCAAACCAGUCGUCGACUCCGUAUUCGCUUUCGAGGACGUGCUGAAAGCGUAUGAGCGCCUCCUGACCAAUAGAGCGAAAGGCAAGGUUGUCGUGAAAGUUGAUCGGACUGUCGAGUGA